AUGAGUGCUUCCAAGAUGGCCAUGUCCAACCUAGAGAAAAUACUGGAACUGGUUCCUCUUUCACCUACCAGUUUUGUCACGAAGUAUCUGCCUGCCGCGCCCGUAGGGUCUAAGGGCACUUUUGGUGGAACGCUGGUAUCACAAUCGCUGCUGGCGUCGCUGCACACCGUGCCAUUGAACUUCUUCCCCACAUCGCUACAUUCGUACUUCAUCAAGGGUGGUGAUCCGCGAACAAAGAUCACGUACCAUGUGCAGAACUUGAGAAACGGUAGAAAUUUCAUCCAUAAGCAAGUUAGUGCUUAUCAACACGACAAGUUGAUCUUUACCUCGAUGAUCUUGUUUGCCGUGCAACGGUCCAAGGAGCACGACUCCUUACAGCAUUGGGAGACCAUUCCGGACCUGCAGGGCAAGCAGCCGGACCCCCGUCGUUAUGAAGAGGCCACUUCGCUCUUCCAAAAAGAAGUCUUGGACCCACAGAAAUUGACCAGGUAUGCCUCCUUGUCCGACAGGUUCCAAGACGCAGCCUCCAUGAGCAAGUAUGUGGACGCGUUUCAGUACGGUGUUAUGGAGUACCAAUUCCCCAAGGACAUGUUCUACUCGGCAAGACACACGGAUGAACUGGAUUAUUUCGUCAAAGUGAGACCCCCCAUCACUACCGUGGAACAUGCAGGCGAUGAGUCCUCUUUGCACAAACACCAUCCAUACAGAAUCCCGAAGAGUAUUACUCCUGAGAACGAUGCUCGCUACAAUUACGUGGCCUUCGCGUACCUUUCGGAUUCGUACCUCCUGCUCACAAUUCCGUACUUCCACAACCUGCCUUUGUACUGCCACAGUUUCAGUGUCUCGCUCGACCACACAAUAUACUUUCAUCAGUUACCGCAUGUGAACAAUUGGAUCUAUCUUAAGAUUUCGAAUCCUAGGUCACACUGGGACAAGCACCUCGUGCAGGGCAAGUAUUUUGACACGCAGUCGGGACGCAUCAUGGCAAGUGUCUCUCAAGAGGGCUAUGUUGUCUACGGAUCAGAACGAGACAUCCGAGCCAAGUUCUGA